UUUAUCAUGUCUGCAGAUGGAGCGCAUAUUACAACAGAAGAUUCAAAUAUCACAACAGUGAUGGAAUUUAUUCUCCUGGGUUUUUCUGAUGUUCCCCAUCUCAAGUGGCUUCUGUUUGGGAUAUUUUUCCUCAUGUACUUGUCUAUUCUGAUGUGCAACAUCGUCAUAAUUCUAGUAACAAGAAUUGACCCUGCUCUUCAGACACCGAUGUAUUUUUUCCUCAGCAAUUUCUCUUUUGUGGAAAUCUGUUAUGUAACAGUCACUAUCCCAAGAAUGCUGGUGGACUUUUGUGCCCAAAAAAGGAACAUGUCUUUGCUGAGCUGUGCAAUGCAAGUGUGGUUUUUCUUUACAUUUGGAGGUACUGAGUGCUUCCUCCUAACAGUGAUGGCCUAUGACCGCUAUGUGGCCAUUUGCAAGCCUUUGCUCUAUGCUCUGACGAUGAACCACAGGGUAUGUGUACAACUCUUGACUGCCUGUUGGGUCUGCGACAUUCUAGUUGUGACUGGAGAAACAUACCAGAUUUUCUCAUUGUCUUUUUGUGGAUCUAACAGAAUUAAUCACUUCUUCUGUGACAUUCCACCUAUCCUCAGGCUUGCUUGUGGAGACACAUUUGUGAAUAAUUUAGCAAUCUUCGUUGUUUCUGCAGUGCUUAUCAUGGUUCCAUUUCUGCUGAUAAUUGUCUCCUAUGGAAAAAUUAUCUGCAGCAUUCUGAAGUUGUCAUCUGCUGGAGGGAGGUCUAAAGCCUUCUCCACCUGCUCCUCACAUCUGAUAGUCGUAGUCUUAUACUAUGGAACAGUUGCUGUUACUUACAUACGGCCCAAUCCAAAUGCAUCUGAAGGAAUUGGAAAACUAUUGUCUCUUUUCUACACUGUUUUGAUACCACUGUUGAAUCCAAUUAUAUACACGUUGAAAAACAAGGAUAUCUCUGCAGCACUGAGAAAACUGCCAAAGAAAUUAUUAACAUAA